GACAAAUUUUCUGACCCAAGGGAGAGCAUAAAAAGCUUAACCCACCCUUAAAAUUGAAAUAUUAAAGGAUUUAUUGUGCAUCUUGGCUAAAACUAUAAACAAAGUGAAACCCAUAUCAGCUAUAUUGGUAAACCACGGUGAUGAACAUGUGUAAAAUGUUAUCAAGUUUACAACUUUGAACAUAGAAACUGAGAUAACCAUGUGCAUAAAAGGCAAGCCAUAGUGCUUCCGGUUCCUCCGCGGAGGCACGUGAAGGUCGGUGAGUUGGCGCAGCGUUUGUCUCCGGCCGCGGGGCGGCGCUUGGAUGGAUCCCUCCUCAUCGUCGUCCUCCGCGGCGGGUAUGGGCUCAGUCGACCCGCAGCUGCGGCAUUUCAUCGAGGUGGAGACCCAGAAGCAUCGCUUCCAGCAGCUGGUGCACCAGAUGACGGAACUCUGCUGGGAGAAGUGCGUGGACAAGCCUGGACCAAAGUUGGACAGUCGGGCUGAGGCCUGUCUCGUGAAUUGCGUUGAGCGCUUCAUUGAUACAAGCCGGUUCAUCGUGAAACGACUGGAGCAGACGCAGAAAUCCAGGGCAGGCUUCUCAGAAAGCCUUUCUGACUGACCUCAGCAUUACCUGUUGGAAAAGGAAGGUAGUUGAAGAAAUGAAGAGCAGUUGAUGGGAUGGUUGAAGAAAAGGCUGUAGGGGAUUGGCUCCCACCUUCGUCACUCUUGGGACGGCCAGUCCUCUGAGAAUGAACAAAGACCAGUGUUUGGUGUGGGUGGAGAUUUAAGGGUUAGAUGUGUUUGGGGUUGUGUUUUUUUAAUGCUAAUCUUGUGAAAACAACUGAUAGAUGAAUGGAAAACUACUAGAUGAAUAUUACUCUAUGUGGGACGAUGCUUUUCUCGUAGUCCCGUUAACUGCUUCUUAUAAUUUUAAUAGUGGAAUUGCUGUAUAAUUUGACAGUGGAACCACAUAGGUAAUAAUCUGUUAAUUUGUUUUUUGUGUGGGUUCAUUUCAGAUUUCUGGGGAUACCAGUGUACGUCUUUGUGUCUCAGGGCAGCAGUCUGGGAAGAGUAAUUUGGUACUUACCUGUAGGCCUCCUUAUCUAGCGUUUGACUACAGGUGAUGGCAAAAAUGUAUGGUAUCUUCAUACAGUACAUUCCAACUUUCUGGAUUAUCUCCCUCCCUUAUACUGUGAUUCACUUAAAUAUUUCUAUAAAGUAUGGUCUCAAGCUAGGACAGGUUGCUUGAGAGUCUAGAGGCCUUUAGUUAAAGGAGGCUAGCCAGUGAACAUAAUUUUCAUACUAAACUGCCACAAGGAAGAAAGUUAACUUACCGUGAAUAUCAGGGUCCAAAAAAUUUUAUAAAGAUGUGCCUAAAAUGAGAAAAUUAAGAUUUGGGCCAGUCAGAAACUAUUAGCAGUAUCAGGUAGAGGUGCAUGCCUGUUGUAAAUAAGGAUAGUUUCCAUUUACUGCAUCUUUUCAUCAUUGAAAUAAAAGCUUC